AAUUCUAUUUUCCUCGUUUCAGGUAGUGUUGCCCAAGAGAGCUGAUCCAGCUGAGCUGAAAUCGAUAUUUGUCAAGUAUGCCAGCGUGGAGAAAAAUGGAGAGCGCUUUAUGUCCCCAUCUGACUUUGUCAAACGUUACCUGAACGUCACUGGAGAUGGAGAGCCGAACCCCAAAACUAUCCAGCUCCUGGCAGGCGUGGUGGACCAGACCAAAGAUGGGUUAAUCUCCUUCCAAGAGUUUGUGGCGUUUGAGUCUGUCCUCUGCGCUCCAGAUGCAUUGUUCAUGGUGGCCUUUCAACUUUUCGACAAAACGGGGAAAGGAGAAGUCACUUUUGAGGAUGUAAAGCAAGUCUUUGGCCAGACCACCAUCCACCAGCAUAUACCAUUCAACUGGAACUGUGAAUUCAUCCAGCUGCACUUCGGCAAGGAACACAAGCGUCUCCUGCCCUAUGCUGAAUUUACCCAGUUUUUGCUGGAAAUACAACUGGAGCAUGCCAGACAAGCGUUCGUACAGCGUGACACAGACCACACCGGAACAAUCAACGCCAUGGACUUCAGGGACAUCAUGGUGACCAUCCGUCCGCAUGUCUUGACGCCAUUCGUGGAGCAGUGCCUGGUGGCUGCGGCUGGAGGCACCAUAUCUCACCAGGUCAGCUUCUCCUACUUCAAUGGAUUUAAUUCCUUGCUGAACAACAUGGAGCUUAUUAGGAAGAUCUACAGUACCUUGGCCGGCAACAGGAAAGACAUAGAGGUCACCAAAGAGGAGUUUGUUUUGGCUGCUCAGAGAUUUGGUCAAGUUACACCCAUGGAAGUCGACAUAUUGUUCCAGUUAGCAGAUUUAUAUGAGCCGAGGGGACGGAUGACGAUGGCCGAUAUUGAGCGCAUCGCUCCUCUGGAGGAAGGGGCAUUGCCUUACAACCUGGCAGAGGCUCAGAGACAGCAUCAAGGCUCAGGAGAUGUGUCUCGUACUAUCCUUGUCCAAGUGGCCGAGUCGGCGUACAGAUUUGCUCUGGGUUCAAUCGCUGGAGCUGUUGGUGCCACUGCCGUCUACCCCAUUGACUUGGUCAAAACGAGAAUGCAGAACCAGAGAUCUACCGGAUCCUUUGUAGGGGAGCUGAUGUACAAGAACAGCUUUGACUGUUUUAAGAAAGUAUUGCGGUACGAAGGCUUCUUUGGACUUUACAGAGGUCUCCUGCCUCAGCUGCUGGGAGUUGCACCAGAGAAAGCAAUAAAACUGACAGUAAAUGAUUUUGUGAGAGAUAAGUUUACGGUUAAAGAAGGCACCAUUCCCUUAGCUGCAGAGAUCCUCGCCGGUGCAUGUGCUGGAGGCUCACAAGUCAUAUUCACCAACCCCUUGGAGAUUGUAAAAAUCCGCUUACAAGUGGCGGGAGAAAUUACCACAGGCCCCCGUGUCAGCGCCCUGAACGUCCUCCGAGAUCUGGGCUUCUUUGGACUCUACAAGGGUGCCAAAGCAUGCUUCCUCCGUGAUAUCCCCUUCUCUGCAAUCUACUUCCCAUGCUAUGCUCAUAUGAAAACCGCCUUUGCUGGAGAGGACGGCAAAGUUAGUCCUGGGUAUCUCCUGUUGGCCGGAGCCAUUGCCGGUAUGCCGGCCGCUUCUCUGGUCACACCCGCUGAUGUCAUCAAGACUCGACUACAGGUGGCAGCACGAGCCGGGCAGACGACUUACACUGGUGUCAUAGACUGCUUCAGGAAAAUCCUGCAGGAGGAAGGACACCGGGCCCUUUGGAAAGGCGCUGGAGCCCGUGUGUUCAGGUCCUCUCCACAGUUUGGUGUGACCCUGGUGACCUACGAGUUAUUGCAGCGAUGGUUCUAUGUAGAUUUUGGUGGAGUGAAACCAGCUGGUUCAGACCGCGUCCCCAAAUCUCGAAUCACGCUGCCUGCGCCAAAUCCUGACCACGUGGGCGGUUACAAACUAGCAGUAGCAACUUUUGCAGGAAUUGAAAGCAAAUUUGGACUCUACCUGCCUAGAUUUCAACCAUCACCAGCUACCUCUAAAGCCACCUAAAGCCGUAUAGAAUGCAGGCAAGGAGGAGAGAGGUCACUGGAUACGUUGUCGUCAUCUGUUUCAAUGUAUCGGCGCCUCUUUCACCUUUUAAGUCUACGAUCUGUUUCCUGGGGAUUUUUUUUUUUUAGGCUCUUUUCUUUUUUUUUUGACCUCCUAGGCUCAUUUUCGUGUGCAAUUCUCUAAAUUCGAUUCCCUUCCUUACAGAAUUAAAUCUGUGGCACUAGUCUCAGGUUUCCCUUGGAUUGUGCUCUUUAGCGGACCUGCACACCCUAUGAAUGUAGGUUAGGUCUUCCAAGAGGUAAGCCUUUAUCUUAUAGUCAAAUACUACCUGGACCCAAAUUAAUUGUUAAAACAGGUUCUGGGUUGCUCAGAAUCUUUGGUUUAUUGAAGAGAUAGUCCAGGGAUCAGAAUUUUUUAGACACUUAACACCUAUACACAGGAUAGGGGAUAAGUGUCUGAUCACACGGGAUCCGACCAAUGGGACCCCUUGUGAUCUCCUGUACAGGGCCCUGUCUACUUGCACACCCUUGGAGUAGAGUGACCCCCACCUUCCUGGACGAACGUAAGUGACCACACGCCUGGCCAAUUUCUGUCCGCAGUCCCCCCGAGAUCAGAUACUUAUCCCCUAUCCCAUAAAUUAAAAAAAGGUAAAAAAAAUAAUAAUUUGUAAAUUGCAUAGGAACAGAACUGAGUUAAAGGGUAUGCUCACCUAUAAGCUACAUUUUAUAUAUGGUAUCUUUAAAAAAAAAAAAGGUUGAUUUCAAUUCGUUAUUUAAUUACUUAUCCUGUACUGAUCCUGAGUUAUAUCCUGUAUUAUACUCUAGAGCUGUACUCACUAUUCUGCUGGUGGGGUCACUGUGUACAUACAUUACAUUAUUUAUCCUGUACUGAUCCUGAGUUAUAUCCUGUAUUAUAGCUCAAUUAUGCUAGUGACCCCACCAGCAGAAUAGUGCGUACAACUCUGGAGUAUAAUACAGGAUAUAACUCAGGAUCAGUACAGGAUAAGUAAUGUAUGUACACAGUGACCUCACCAGCAGAAUAGUGAGUACAGCUGUAAUAGUGAGUACAGCUGUAACUCAGGAUCAGUACAGGAUAGCAGAUUAGAGAACGCUAAAUAUAUUAUUAUUUCAAUUUUAAAGCUCUAAAAUGUAGCUUAAGGGUUUAUUCACACGUACAGUGUCCUGCGCAGUAUUUCAAGCUGUGUUCAAUCAGGUUUACAUUGAAAUCUGCAGCAGAAAAUCCUGCGCAUCAAAUCUGUGCAGAGUACUGUAUGUGUGAAUAGACCAUAAAGGUGAACAUCUACUUUAAUGAAGCACUUAGCUGAUGGAGUUGUGUGGGAUUAGCAGAUGGGCUCUGCCUUUUCUCCUGAAUGAGCGCCAUCCCUGUCCUUGGGCUCUUUCUGGUAUUGCAGUCCAUUGUUUAUCUCAUACAAUUCACUAUGUUGCACACUGACUGCAAACUAUAUAGGUGGAGUCAGCACUGCUAGGAUGUCACAGUAUGGUGCUCAGUCGGGUCUCCUUUUAGAGCAGUGUUUUCCAAACAGUGUCUCUCCAGCUGUUGCAAAACUACAACUUCCAGCAUGCCCAGGUCCAACUGCUGGGAGCCAUUACAAUCUCCUGCAUGGCACCCUGGCUCUCCCCAGGAACGAGGCGCGUCGACUCCCGCCUAAAGCGAUGGCCGACACCCCCCCUCAAUGUAUCUCUAUGAGAGAGUAAGAGAUACCUGAACGCUGUAUCUCCGGCUCUCCCAUAGAGAUACAUGGAGGUUGCAGCCACCGCCGUGUGCAGGGCUUGGCAUGCUCGGUUACUGGGGAUUGACUGGGUGCAGUGCAGGAGGUCACAGUGGGUCCCAGAGGUCAGACCCCCCCACGAUCAGACACUUAUCACUUAUCCUUUGUAUAGGGGAUAAGUGUUCCUGCACUGGAAUACUCCUUUAAACUAGGACUGACCAGGAGACCCAGCUGGUUGACUUAAAGGGAUAUUCCAGGAUGUAUGAUCGCAGGGGUCCCGCCGCGAUAGGGGAUAUGAUGUAUAAAGCCGGAAUACCUCUUUAACUCAUAUUUCAUUGAACCAGUAAGCUAUUUUUCAGAAACUGACAAGCGAGUUAUCGUCUGCACAAUCUGCCUAUACUCUUACUCAUCCUUAGAGUUCUCUCACGUCAGAUGCUAGUAUUAUAGAUUACAUUUAUUUUUUUUUUGUUCUCCCUUAGCAAUAAUCUUCAACUGGAGCAGUCACGGUAGCAUACAGUAGGUUUAAAGAAGUAAAAAAUAUUAAAAAAUUAUUUUUUAAAAAAUCAUAAAAUUGCUCUGCAGCAGUAGAUACUAAAUAACGCACAAUGACUCGAUCAGGAUUGUAUCAUCAAAUUUUAUGCCGUCGGUUGUUGAUGUAAUUGAAACCAGCCGAACGUUGCGGUAAGAGCUUGGAUCAGUCCUCGUGUUUCAGUUUAGGCUUCGCCAAGUCCUACUUUAUUAAGGGCUGGGAUCAGGCUCCAGUGACACGUGGCGUGCCGCUCGUAUCGUAGGACCACAACUCCCAGCAUGCUCUGACAAGCAUAUGCUGACGGGUGUAUUUCCACCAUAGAUAAGAGAGCUGUGGUCUGACCAAGGGAUUUACUUUAGACCGUGUUGUAAAAUUAUUAGUGCAAUGGAACCAAAUGUUACAAAAUUUCGGGGUUUUAAAAGAAAAAUAAGAAAAAUAAAAAGCUUUAAAAUGUUAAGUUCCUGCUGUUACAUUCCUGUGUAAUUUAAAAAUUGUACAUUGCAAAUAAAUAAUUUUAGAGCUAAUUAUAUUGAUAUUAUACAGGGUUCUGUCUGGUGAUACAAAGCUUAGGUCCAUAAGUGGUCACAAUGGAAACCUUCCACAUGUGUUAUCUGUAUGAGGGUCAUCCAACUCACCCCAUAGAUUAUGUAGAGGGGAUAAGGGAUUGGCCAUGUUGAAUUUUAAAGGGGUACUCCACUGGCCAGCGUUUGGAGCUAAAUGUUCCGAACGCUGUUUUCACGCUGCUUGGUUCGGCCACGCCCCCUCAAUGCAAGUCUAUGGGAGGGGGCGUGCAUUGCUGGCCAGUGGAGUACCCCUUUAACACUUCAUCCUAUUGUUCUUCCUGGAUAUAUGGAAUCGCCAAAGGUAUCUGGCAGCAGCUUAGUCCCCUCUUCCCAACUGAAAACACGUCAGUGAGCUUAGAAUUUGUGUAUGGGAGGGGGAUGACGAAAAGUUGUCAGCUGACGUUUAACUGGGCAGCUGUUAAAGGUAUAUGGGCACCAUGUCGGAAAAGUGAGAGCAACAGCAUAACCAAAAGCAUUAAAAAUGGUAUGAUAGUUUUGGUCAACAAAUGCAUACCCUUCACAAUUUAAAGGAUAAAAUGCUCAUUAAAAUUAGUCCUGAAUUCCAACCCAUUAUGAGAAAAAAAUAAAUGGAUUUACCGACUACAGAUUUUAUAUGCCAUAAAGUUUGAUCACUACGGGUGCUUAUCGGUAUUAUUGGACGUUAUCGGUAUCCGCCAUUACCUUGCCGAUAAUGUCCUGCUAACCACCUUCCCCCACCGCACCGCACCGACCCUCCACCGCCCCGGCCAGAAACCGCCGCUGCCCCAUUGCCUCCCCCAUCCCCAGUUUUAUAAUUGCCUUCUCCCGGGGUCCACGCUACUUCUGGCUCCUGUGGCUACUUCCCCCUGGAACAGGUAAAUAUAAAACAGGGGAUGGGAGAGGCAAUGGAGCAGCAGUGGUGGUUGGUCUAAGGACUGGCAGGGGGAGAGAAGCGGGCGGCGGCAGUCUCUGGCCAGAGGAUAGGGGGGGUUGGACUCAGGAGGACCCCAGGACAGGCAGGGGGAGAGUAGCGGGUGGCGGCGGCGGUCUCUGGCCCCGUAAAAGCUGCUGCAGUUCAUUUAAAGCGGCUUCUUUGGGGGGUGGAGGAGAAAUAGCCAAUAACUUACACCGGAAUAUCGGUAUAAAUUAUCGGCCUGAAAGGCCACAGAUUAUUGGUAUCGGCCCUAAAAAAUCGAUAUCGGUCGAUCCCUACUUCUGAUCAAGGAAACAUACAGUGGUCCUAGAAUUGGGUUAUCGGUCAUUGUUGCCCAGUGAAGAAUUUGUGUCAUAUAUGCAGUGACUCUAAAUUAUAAUGUGUACGGCAUUAAUUAUCUUGUGCUCGCUGUAAUGGAGAGGGGCCUACAUGAAUGACCAAUUCAAUACUUGAGACAAGGACCUGUUUGCUACCCCAUUCUUCAGAUCAGAGGUCCCAGCAUUUUAACCACAAUGCAUAGCACUUUUAUGCCAUCAACAAUAGGAGAUAUGCUCCCUGUUUUCCUUGGUAUAUUUGCAAAAUGGCGGUACAUAAUGUAUUCCCAAGACCCUUAGGACACAGGGCUGAAGAACCCCGUUUUAGGUGUGCUUUGUCCAGUGAUGAUUUGUUUUGUGGAACAAAAAAGUUGAUUGUCAAUGUCCCCAGCUUGCACAUUCAUGUUGCACCAGUGUUUGUGACCUCCACAAGGCCAAAAAAUGUUUUAUGCUUUAGGACAGAACCAGUAAUGCGGUUUGAGGAUAAAUAAGAGGUCUUCCAACACAUUCUGGGUUUUUCUAGCUUUUAGUAAUGACCAUCUAGAGAAGCUUAAAAGGUGUUGGCCAUUAGUAGUACUGCUUUUUUUUUUUAUAUAAUCGAUUUGCUGCAUCAUUGUGAUGCCGCCUAGAUAAAGUUUGGAGACUUCUUUACUUUACCGUUGAUGUCUGCUCCUCCCAGCACCACCAUACGUUUCAUUUUACAUGUGUGGAUAGAGCUUGAUAACUAGUUGGGCAGAAGUGAAGUUUCCCCCAACCUAUGGCUAUCUGAGAGCCACAGAUUGGGAUAAUCUGAAGUAUUGCAUAUGAGAUCCUCUCUGCCAUCAUAAAAUGUGUAAAUGGGGGGAAACACUGCCCAGGUCAUGAAUGGUCUACUCAUAAUCAAUGGGUUGGCUACAGCUCGGUGGAGACCACAAAACUGGUUAUAUGAGUCACUGCAAUAAGUCAACUUUCUGUAAUGUGAAAUCGAACCAAUGUGUGAAUUAUGCACUUAUGUAAAAUUGCUGCUUAAAUGAUCUGUAGAGAAUCCAUGUACUGUAUGAACUUCUGCCUUAUUACUUUGUGACACUAUAAUUUGUCAGGAAUCAUGCUGGCCGGAACCAGUGAUAGUCGACCAAAUGUCAAUGUGAUGAUCAAUGAUGUUUGCAUCCUGUGAUCUGCAGUGUAAUCUUAUGAGCCGUUGUCUUUCUGCAGGAGACAGUGUAAAUCCUUCAGUUUCCGUGUAGAUUAUGGUUAUUAAAUUUUUCAUUGGUACGAUGCAGUGUAUUCCAGACCGUAUGUGAGUCUAAUAAACUGGAACAGAGGACAA